UCCACUAUUAUCUCAAGAAUCAGACCCUGAACAAGAACUGCAGCUGUGGAAUGAGGUGGAUGCAGCUUGUUCACCUUUUCUGUCCAUGAACUCCCAGGCUCAGGUCUCCAGUGCCCUGAAGGAGCUUUGCUUCAUGCUCAUGGCAAUGCCACCGAGGCCUCAGGAACAAGAUGAAAAAGAUAAUACCAAAAGGUUUUUAUUUCAUUAUUCGAAGACACAAAAUUUGGGCAAUUCAAAUGUUGUGCCCUCCGUCGUGCACCCGUUGCUGCAGCUCCUCCCUCACCUGCAUGACAGAAGAAUGAAGAGGUUCUCCGUGCACGAAGAAUUGCAAAGUCCUGUCAUGACCCGAAGUCGAGGAUUCUUCUUAUUCCGGCCACGCAAUGGAAGGAGGUCCACGGGUCUCGUUUAAAAUGAAUGCCAAGUCAUUUUUCAUAGUGGCAGUGUUAUGGAAUACAACAAGCAGUAAUGUUUGUUUUCUUUCCCCCAAAUCGACCUUUGCUAAGUUGAUUUUGUUGACAAUUUUUGUCUUGUAAAUGUUCUCAGUAAAAAUUGGUUGAGGUUGUAAAUGUUCCAUUUGGUGAAAAUAGAAAAGCAUCUUAGAAUAUUUUUUCCUCUGUGUGGUAAUAAUAAAGUGAAAUAAAGUUGUAAACAAUGCUCCUUAGGUCUCUGUAGCUUUUGACAAUAUUGGCACACACUCGUUUUUGACAUUUUUAUUAGUUUCUCAUAAUUGGCAAGGCAUGUUGAGCCACCGCCCAGGUGGGCACUGGCUGGAGUCCUGGCUGCUCAGCUUUCAAUCCGACUCCCUAUUAAUGGGCCUAGGAAAUCAGCACUAGAUGGCCCAAGUGGCAGAGCCCCUGCACCUACACAGGAAAGCCGAAAGCAGCUCCUGGA